AUAUGUAUUAUGUCUGAACUAUAGAAUUUCCGAGGGGUAUUGUAUUUUAUUUUGAAUAGACUGUGUGUUAUGGGCAAGUGAGGUCACGUCGAUCGGUGUGGAAUCAAGUCCACGGCAAGGUAUCUGUUCGGAUUUAUUAGGCAUUCAAUUUUAAUUGUUUUAAAGGCCAUGUAUACGGUAUACAUUAUUUCAUAUCCACCAGCCUUUUUACCUGUGCUUUAAUAUUUAUCGGCGGCACAUUUCGAAUGAUUGUCAAUAUCUAUACUACGAAGUCUCUACAUGCAUGCAAGCACUUUGAAUGUUGCAUUAGGUUUGUAUUAUUCAGGGAAUCUCACCAACUUGUCAUAAUCUUCUUUAUCUGAACCCUGUUCACAAUCUACCGGUGUAUAACGGAAUGUUACUUGAUCGAGGCAUCACGGAGUAUUAGCAUAUAACCAAUCAUUUUUGUAGGAAUUAAAAUGGCAUUGAAGGUUUACCUAUCUCUUUUAUUUGGAGUGCUAAUUACUGCCAUAGCUGAAGCGUCGAAUAUAGCUAUCUCCGGCGGACCGGGACAAGGCAGUCAUUUCGCCGUGGCGGCAUCAUUAGGCGAGGAAUUGGUUCGUCGGGGUCACAAUGUCACAGCCAUCAUCAGCGGUGAAGCCAUCGCUACAAGCACUGAGAAGAGAUACUCCAAUCUCUUCCACUUUGCAAUCACCAACCGACGAAUUUCGGAGGAAGAAGUCAAAGAGAAAGUCGAUUUCCUCGCCCGCGCGGCUGUGUCGGGAAACUUUUGGGGAGAGCUUAUGAAAAACAUGGAAACCAUGCAGGAGGAGUUGUACAAAGACUGUGACGCUUUACUCAUAGACGAUGAUUUUGUCAACAGUCUUGUGGACGCGAAUCUAGACCUCUUGAUCAUUGAUCCAUAUUUUGGUUGUCAAAACCUUCUACCUGUGAUAUUGAAGAAACCCGUUAUAUUCACGAUUCCUACACAUCUCGAAGAAUACUUAGGCAGUUCAUUUGGCUCCCCUAUCAACGCCGCCAUUCAUCCAUCUUUUGGAAGUGGUUUUCCGCGUCGUAUGACAUUCUGGCAGCGUCUUCGUAAUUUCAUCCAAAUAAAUAUCAUACCUUCUUUCGUUGCGAUGCAAUCAAAAGGCCUCCAAGAAUAUCUUUCUUCACGAAAUAUAUCCCCAGUCUCUUCAAGCGAAAUAUUUAGCAGAGCGGAAUUGUUUCUCGUCAACAUGGAUUUCGCAGUAGAGUUCCCUUUACCCAUCUCACCGAACGUCAUUCCUGUUGGUGGGAUCACCACAAAGCCAGCGAAACAGCUGGAGCAAAACCUUGAAGAGUUCGUCCAAAGCUCUGGUGAAGAUGGCGUCAUUAUCUUCAGCAUGGGUUCGUACGCAACGUUUAUGAAGGAAGAGCUCAUUCAAGACUUCGUGACGGCCUUUUCUCGACUGCGUCAGAAAGUGAUAUGGAAAUCGACCCGUGAUCUUCCCGAGGGCACUGAUCAAACCAAGAUCAAAACGAUGCACUGGCUACCACAGAAUGAUUUAUUAGGACACAGCAAGACCAAACUCAUAAUAUACCAAGGAGGUAACAACGGCUUCUACGAAACUGUGUAUCACGGUGUUCCAAGCGUGGUCAUUCCUUUGCUCAUGGACCAGUACGAUGUCGCUUCACGGACCGUCCACCACGGAAUGGGAGUCGAGCUCGACUACCACACCCUCAAUGCUGAUAAGAUUGAAGAUGCCAUGAGAACAGUGUUAAGAAACAGCAGUUACAAGGAGAAUGCUGCAAGGAUUUCUUCGAUGUACGGGCAUCGCACCAUGAGACCAGUGGAGAAAGCAGCUUUCUGGGUAGAACACGUGAUCCAAUAUGGCGGCACUCAUCUCAAAUCAGUUGCUGUGGAAUUGACUUGGUAUCAAUAUCAUCAAAUCGACAUAAUAUUGUCUCUAGCUAUAAUUUUAGCGAUAAUCUUUGCUAUUUUAUUUUUUGUUUUCAGAUUAACAGCAAGACUGAUUUGUAAUGUAUUUCGGAGAAACAUAAAAGCUGAUGCUAAGAAAACUGAUUAGUGCAAAUUAUCAUGUGAAGACAUGUUUCUCGCAAU